ACUCUGCAAGGCUUUGCUCUGCUCAGCAGACUGCAGAGUUUGCUGCAAAUGCAAGACUGAAAUCCAUCUUUGUGCCACCUGCGUACUGUCGAGGGGGCUUGUAUGUCUUCUUGCCUUCUGUUUCUUUCCCCAAAUCUCUCUUCUCAAAAGGAAGCUCUAUUCUGCUGCUAGCAAUGCAUCCUGAGAGGUGGCUAUGUUGGUGUUACCCUGCUUUCUGUGUGUGGGCAUUCAUGUUCAUAUCCUUGAUUAAAGAUACCACAGCCUGUGAGUCAGAGGAACAAUUAUUUCACAAACUCUUCUCCCAGUACAACCAGUUCAUCAGGCCAGUGGAAAAUGUGUCUGAUCCUGUCACGGUGUAUUUUGAAGUGGCCAUUACCCAGCUUACAAAUGUGGAUGAAGUCAACCAGAUUAUGGAAACAAAUUUGUGGCUAAGACAUAUUUGGAAUGACUACAAAUUGCGAUGGGAUCCCAGAGAAUAUGAUGGCAUUAAAUUUGUUCGGGUGCCAGCAGAUAAAAUUUGGAAACCAGAUAUUGUCUUGUAUAAUAAUGCUGUGGGAGAUUUUCAAGUUGAAGGCAAGACCAAAGCCCUCCUUCACUAUGAUGGAAUGAUCACCUGGACCCCACCAGCUAUUUUUAAAAGCUCCUGUCCUAUGGAUAUUACCUUUUUCCCAUUUGACCAUCAGAACUGUUCACUGAAAUUUGGCUCGUGGACCUAUGACAAAGCCAAAAUUGAUCUUCUGAUCAUUGGAUCCAAAGUAGAUAUGAAUGACUUCUGGGAAAAUAGUGAGUGGGAAAUAGUUGAUGCUUCUGGCUACAAACAUGACAUCAAAUACAACUGCUGUGAAGAGAUUUACACAGACAUAACGUAUUCCUUUUAUAUCCGAAGGCUGCCAAUGUUUUACACCAUAAAUCUGAUCAUUCCCUGUCUCUUCAUCUCCUUCCUGACUGUUUUAGUUUUUUACCUGCCAUCUGACUGUGGUGAGAAAGUGACUCUUUGCAUCUCUGUGCUCCUUUCUUUGACUGUAUUUUUACUGGUGAUCACCGAAACCAUCCCAUCCACCUCUUUAGUAAUUCCUCUCGUAGGUGAAUAUUUACUCUUCACUAUGAUAUUUGUGACUCUGUCAAUUGUCAUCACCGUGUUUGUCCUGAAUAUACAUUACAGGACUCCAACCACACACACAAUGCCUAAAUGGGUAAAACCCAUCUUUCUUAGCUUGCUCCCCAAAGUCCUGUUGAUGCAGAGACCACUAGAACAGCAGAAAAAAAAUAUCUUCAGAAAAAACAAGAAAGGAUCAGGCAAUAUGUCAGGCAAGUUAAAGCACAACAAACACAAAGAUACCAAAUUACACAAGGAGCAGCGAUGCAGUCACUGUGAUAAGGCAACUGAACUCACUACCACCAAAAAAAGACGACUGAGCUGUCAGUCACUGAAAUGCAUGACAGAGCACAUGGAGUACUCCCCAGAAGUGAAGGAUGUCAUUAGCAGCGUCCAGUUCAUCGCAGAGAACAUGAGGUCUCAAAAUGAAACCAAAGAGGUGGAAGAUGAUUGGAAAUACGUAGCUAUGGUGAUAGACAGAGUAUUUCUCUGGGUAUUUAUAAUCCUUUGUGUGUUUGGGACUGCAGGGCUCUUUAUCCAGCCACUAAUAGCAGAUGCAUAACUUGAUCCAUUGCUUUUU